GUGCGAACCAAUCACAGAUCACUCAUUUCGACCCUCAAGUGCUUUUCCACCACACCCUUAGGAACCGUUUGUUAUGACCUCCUCUGUGACAUGGACUUUGCGCGCAGCGCUCUCUCGACCCUUUCCUUUGUAUCGUGGGUUUCCACUCACCUCUCCGUCAUCACCAUCAGCGUUAUCCCAUCAUGUUACCUCGCGAGCUGCCUCCUCACUCCAUUCGUCAUCAUCCAAGACAACAACAACCUCACCUGUACUCCCCAAUCCCCCACCUAAGGUUGUUCAUACACCAUCUCAGAGCUCGGGAACCCAGCAUGCUGCACCUGAGCCACCGAAGCCUCCUAGGCCGCAGCGUCAGAUGUCGCGGAUACGGUCGACAAAGGCUGCUUUGUCCCUUACUCCUUCAGCCGUCCAACGAGUUCGUGCACUCAUCUCGGGUCCAACUCCACAACUUAUUCGUAUUGGUGUCCGCAACAAAGGUUGCGCGGGGAUGCAAUACAACCUCGAAUACGUCGAACAGCCAGGGAAGUUCGACGAGGUGGUUCAGCAGGAUGAUGUAAAGGUGUUGAUUGAUAGUAAAGCACUGUUUUCGAUCAUAGGAAGUGAGAUGGAUUGGCAAGAAGAUCGGAUGAGUUCCAAGUUUGUAUUCAAGAACCCAAAUAUUAUAGAUGCCUGUGGGUGCGGCGAGUCGUUUAACGUCUCUGCCUCGUCAUUGUCCAAACCAUCGUAGAGUGGUACCCCCACCCGCCACUGAUGUCAUUGGACGGACUAUGAACGCAUUCUCACUCUAGAUGCUUCUUCCUGGCUCUCAACCGCAAUAUUCUGUGUCUCCUUACCAUAUAUAAAUACCUCAUGUAAUCACUUUUCCCCUCACUUCGUUGUCGGGACUACGCCAUUCCCGUACCGCUUCGUAUCUCACGCACUAGUACACCCACUCUUGUAUCUCCAGCCUUACACUGUUGACUAAUGCCAGUGAAUUAGUAUGAGUGGAUUUGCACCAAUUUUACGAGGCAAAAUAGUGUGUAAUAUCAAGUGGCUCAUACAUGUGUUAACUUGAAAGAUCGUCCAUCACUUGGCGCUAACUUGAAUCCCAAACUCUUACAUCGGGCCCAUUUCCUCAUGCAAUGGUAAUACAAUGGUCACCUUAGCCAGCCUCUCCAUACUCCGCCAUCAUCAUGCAUGCGGAUUUAACCUCCAAAAGCCUAUAACGAACCAAUAAUCUC